AUGCCCAGCCUGACGCGAGGCCUGACCGAGCUGGAGCAGCACCUGCAGCAGGUCAAGGCCGAGGUCCUGGCAGGCAGGCGGGGGCCGCAGAGCUCCCAGUGCCCGCAGCGCCCGCCAGGGCACGAGGGGCCGGCAGGGGCGAGCCGUGCGGCCGCUCUGCUGGAGGCGCGGGGGCACGGGGCGGAGACGCCCCUUGCAGGGCUGCCCUCGAGUCAGCGCGUGCAGCAGGAGGUCGGCUCGGGGUCCCCUGUCGGCUGGGGCGAGUCGCUCGAGCACCUCCGGCGCGAGCUGUCUCCGGAUGCUCCGAGGCAUGGGGAGGGGGCCCAGAUCGACGGUCUGAAGCAGGCGCUGGGGAAGGCCGAGGAGCACAGUGCGGAGCUGCUCGGCGAGAGGGCCGCUGCGACGGAGGCCUUGCAGCAGGAGCUCGUGCUGGCCAGGCAGGCGCAGCGGUUUGAGGAAGACUCCCUCGCUCUGGGCGCCUCUGUCGAGCACUUGCGGCACGAGCUGCAAGUGUCUCGAGACGCGCAGCGGCAUGGGGAGGGGGCCCUGGCCAGCCAAGCGGAGGAGAUCAGAGAUCUGAAGCAGAGUCUGGGGAAGGCCGAGGAGCACAGUGCGGAGUUGCUCGGCGAAAAGUUCGCUGCGACGGAGGCCUUGCAGCAGGGGCUCAUGUUGGCCAGGCAGGCACAUCAAUUUGAGGAAGACUCUCUCGCUCUAGGCGCCUCUCUCGAACACUUGCGGCACGAGCUGCAAGUGUCUCGAGACGCGCAGCGGCAUGGGGAGCGGGCCCUGGCCAGCCAAGCGGAGGAGAUCAGAGAUCUGAAGCAGGCGUUCGGGAAGGCCGAGGAGCAUAGCGCGGAGUUGCUCAGCGAAAGGGCCGCUGCGACGGAGGCCUUGCAGCAGGGGCUCAUGUUGGCCAGGCAGGCACAGCAAUUCUUGACGAAGACUCCCUCGCUCUAG